AUGCCUCGUUCAAGAGUCAGAGUUUCUAAACGCCAAAAUUGGGAUUCAGAAAAUAUGAGGAAGGCUGUGAAAGAAGUAAUUGAAAAACGAAUGACAUUUCGUAAUGCCUGUAUUGAAUUUAAUGUACCUAAAAGCACUCUAGAAAGAAAGAUUAAACAAAAGAACUUAGAUCCUAGUUAUGACACUGGGAACAAAGUGGCAUUAGGACCAAUAUCUAAAGUGUUUUCAACUGCUGAAGAAACUGAGCUGGUAGCCUAUCUUCAACUUAUGGAAGGAGGUUUAUUUGAACUAACGUCAAUAGAUUUACGAAAGAUUGCAUAUCAGCUUGCUGUCAAAAACAAUAAGAAAAACAAUUUUUCACAAAAAAAAAAGAAAUUGCUGGGUAUGAUUGGUACAGAUGCUUCAUGGCAAGACAUCCUGAACUAUCACUUAGGAAACCAUAAACCAGAAUCAGACUGA